UUAGUUUAUGAGAAUAUAAUUUUAAUAAAUACUAUGAAAUAUGAGUUAUUGAAUUGCCUCACACACAUGCAGUGUAUCAAAAGUUCGACACUCGAAUAGAAGAGACAUUUAAUGGAAAAGUUGAUAUUUAAUGCUAUCAGCUGACGAGCUAAUCUUUAUUCUUUCUUUUUUAAUUAAGUUUCAUAUGCUACAACAGCCUGGGAAAAUAUAUAAAUUAAUAAAAUAUUAUAAGCUUAUUUAAAGUAUGACUUGAUAUCUUGUAUAUUUACACACACACACACACACGCGCGCGCGCGCGCGCGUACAAAUAGUACGCAGAGCUUUCCUCACUCAGCUGUGUUUAUCUUGGUUUAUCUGUUAACCUAGAAAUGGCUGCGAUACGCAGAUUCGCCCAGUUCACUGAAAGGGCGAAGUUUCUGAAUAAGUGCUACUUCACCAGUCAGAAUGGCAUCCUGGGGUCGUUUUGCACGAUGGUGCAGCAGCCACAGAGAACGCGGUUCAGUUUGGUGAAACUUAGUUUGAUCGGCGCGGUGACCGGCACCGCAGUAGGUGCGGGUUAUGCCUAUCACAAGAUUAAGGAAGCCCGGAAGAACAUCGCUCUGGAGGGAACGCAGUUCGAGACCACGUUACUCAAACACAAGCCACCUGUCACUCCGUCCCGGAAGGUUGUGUCUCCGGUGGAUUCCACCGGUUUGAAACUUACGUUAUUCCAGUAUCAGACAUGCCCUUUCUGCUGUAAGGUCAGAGUAUUCUUGGAUUAUUAUGGAAUAUCUUAUGAUAUUGUGGAGGUAGAUCCAGUGCUCCGUAAAGAAAUUGGAUGGUCCUCAUACAAGAAGGUUCCGAUUCUUUUGGCUAAAGUAGAGGGAGGCUAUCGGCCUUUGAACGACAGCACUAUGAUAGUGUCACUUCUUGCUUCCCACCUCCAUAAUAUGUCUCAUACUAUCGAGGAAUUGGCUGAUUAUUAUCCGAGUAUAGGCAUACAUGAUGAAAAUGGCAAAUUUAAAUAUGAGAUUAUAAACAAGUAUUUCCUCAUGUUCAAUAAGCAGCUUCCAAAGAAUCGGUCAAUGAACGAUAUUAACGAGGAACGUAACUGGAGGAAAUGGGCAGACGAGGUAUUCGUCCACACUCUUUCGCCAAACGUCUAUAGAACGAUUGAUGAAUCCUACAAGACGUUCAAAUGGUUCUCAGAAGUUGGCAGAUGGGAGGAAUAUUUCCCAACGUGGGAGCGAUUGUUGAUAGUGAAUGUGGGUGCGACGGCAAUGUGGCUGAUAGGAAAGAGACUUAAGAAAAAGCAUCGUCUAAAAGACGACGUGCGGCAAUCGUUAUACGACGAAGCGAAUUACUGGUUGCGCAAUAUAAAAAUACGCGGCACUACAUUCAUGGGUGGCAACAAGCCUAAUUUGUCCGAUCUCGCAGUAUAUGGUAUUUUGAAGAGUAUCGAAGGCUGCGAUGCUUUUCAAGAUUUACUGACUCAUACAAAUAUCGGUAUUUGGUACAACGCUGUGAAGGAGCAAGUUGAUGCACAUUCUGGUAGCGCGAAUUUGAGUAGAUAAUAAUAUUGUUCCAUCAUGUGUAUAGAGUUAUUUAUUUACACAAUAAAUCGUACUUAUAAAUAUUAA